CAUCGGUGGAUGCUGAAAUAAGUUAUGAGAUUAAUGUUGUUGAAUGGUAUAAUCAAGAAGGAAUUACUUUCAGAACCCUAGAUCCAUUUAAUGAACCUACACUUAGAUAUUGGAAUGUAAAUGGUAACCAAGAAGGAUGUUCUUUUAGUUGUCCUGUGAUGAAUACAAUUAUUAAAAAGGUCGGUGAUUCUCUUGAUUCCCAAGGCCUCUUAGGAGAUAUAUCUGUUUCAUGCUCAGAUGAGAACACAUUCGAUCAAGAAUUUUCUACCAUAAGUUGCAUUGACGAUAAUGCCAAAUCAUAUGUCAGCCAGUACAAUACACAUGCUUAUGGAGGAACUCAAAGAGGAGAACUUUUUAAUGUUUCAAAACUAGAUGGAAAAAGACUUUGGAUGAGUGAAAGUGGAUUUCCUGCAUCAGGAGAUAUGUCUGCAAGUAUAGAACUCUCUGAACAAAUUUUAAAUGACAUGAGAAACCUAAAGCCCAUUGCAUGGGCUUAUUGGCAAGUAAUUGAACAUAUUCAACCUGGCAUUGACUGGGGAUUGAUCGGUGCAGAUUUUAGUAAUUCAAGCACUUUUCUAGACAUACGUCUAGCAUACUAUGGAUUCCUUCAAUACACUAGGUUCAUUCGCCCAGGAUAUCAAAUCAUUUCUUCUAAUGAUAAUGAUACUCUUGCAGCAUAUGAUGCUAUCAACCAAACACUUGUUUUAGUUUGCACAAAUAAGAAUAAUAUAUCUACAAUUUGGAAUAUUAAUGUCUCUAUGUUUAAUAUCGGUUUAUUUAGUACUUUCCGUACAUCUAACAACAAUGAAAAACUCGCCUUACUACCAAACAUAUGGCACAUAAUUGAUGGUUGGGAGCAUCUUUGUGAUCAGCAUCGAAGUGUUGAAAUAUUGCAAUAG